CCAUACCCAAGCUGACGUCACUUCCUGCCCCUCCACCCUUUUAUUUAUUUUAAAGGCUCCCUUUAAGGGAAGGGAAGCCAUGGUCGAGCUGAAAGGAGGAGAAGAAGAAGAAGCCUCCAAAGGGGCCCAGGAUCAGGCCCAGCAGCCACGAUCCGGCCCUUUAAAUAAGGCCCAGGGGGGCAUCGAGGGCCUUUUGUCUGGUGCCGGGUCUCCUUCCCCUGCCAAGCGGUUUUCUCCGGCCAAACGGAAACAGCAUUAUAUCAACCAAGCGAUCCGGAACUCGGACCUCGUUCCCCGGGCCAAAGGCCGCAAGAGCCUGCAGCGACUGGAGAACACACGUUAUUUAAUGACGCUUCUGGAGAGAGAUGAGUGCGCCAGCGAAGAUGGGGAGUUUUCCCCACCGGCCGUCCCCAGCAUCUUUGCCCAGGCCUGCAAGAAUGAGACCUACAUGAAGAUCUGGAAUGACUUUGUGAACCGCUCCGGCGAGGAGCAAGAGCGGCUCCUGAUCUUCUUGGAGGAGAACAAGAAGAAGAACAAGGCGGAUGGACAUUGGAAAGAACACCCCACUUUGACCCCAAAGGAGUGUUUCCAGCGCAUCAGCCGGCGUUUGCGGACAACGCUGAAGCGCAGCCGGAUCCCCAGGGAAACCCUGGAAGGUUUGGAAGAGGACUUGCUGGCCUUCUUCUCCGCCAACCCACACGCCGUUUACACCGCGAUGAUGGACGACAGCUUCCAGCGGCUCCUGCUCCAUGCUCUUUGCCAAUAUAUGGACCUCAACUCCGCCAGUGCCGAUCACGAAGGCCAGCGGCAAAUGAAGGUCAGCAACAAGCGCCAGGAUUUCUGGCGCCCGCAGCUCCUCCUUUCGGCCUACCUGGAGCAGAUGAGCUCACGGGGACGAUGGGACCUCUAACCCUUUUCUGAAUGGGUUUUUUUAAUGCCAUAAACAGGAUCGAUUCAUAGGUUAUUAUAUAUAUAUAUCAAAACCUGACAUUUUUGGGCAUGUCUCCAAGCUGUGGAUGAAUUUCUGUGUGUAUCUCAAGUGGCAAAAUCAUUUUUUAAAAAUACAUCCAAUGGCAAAAUCAGUUAUAUAUACAUUCUAUACAAAAUCACUUUU